AUGACACACAAACUACAUGACGACAUCCCCAUCGAGACACGAAUCGCCAUACUCUUCGACCUUAAAGCUGCAUCGACUGAGGCCACCCAGCACCAUGGCACGUUCACGCAGCUCGCAACAAUGUACCGUUGCCAUCGAACAACAGAUGCCGUGAUCACGAUGUGGAAGAGGCACCUCGAACACUCUCCCAGCGGAGACCUUCUUUCGAUAUGGCUGCUGUCACUCACGUGCACCUUUCAAACCACCAGACUUUUGGAAGCGUCGCACACACCACACGGGUGUAGCAAAGACAACCCUGCACUGUCACAUCAAGGACGGCAUCAUCCUUCACCGGCAACCGCAUCUCAAGCUAGCCUUGCCCCAAAGCAUAUCAAGGCCCGAAUAGCGUUUUGUCUCAAGAACAAGUGGUUCCGUUUGGAGAAGGACGCGAGUAGAUACUAUUUGGCAUCAUUCGAGGACUACUUGGAGAGGCGUAUCCAAAACAAGCGCUUCAUCGGACAAGUCAUGUUUUUGGCCGCCGUCGCAAGACCACGGAAGGACGUUCGACGAAACCAAACGUUCGACGGCAAGUUUGGCAUUUGGCUGUUCGUGACACAAGUUCCAGCAAGGCGCACUUCAAGAAAGCGUGCAGCAGGGACGCUGGAGACAAAAGCGGUAAACGUUGGCAGAGUGGCGUACGAAGACAUCCUACGGAACAAGUUGAAUCCGGCGAUUGUGUCGAAGUGGCCACGCGACACCAAGAACAUACGUCUGCAACAAGACAACGCCCUAGCCCACGUAGCGUCAGGCAAAGUCAACGCUGCUCGUUACCUUCAACUGCUUCAGGACGAAAUCCCGUUAAACAUCAUGAAGCUCGCACUGGGGGGUGACUUUACUUGGCAGCAGGACAACGCACCAAUCCACAAGGUGCGCAUCAUCAACGCCUUUUUCGACGAAUACGAAGUCAUUCGAACUGCCACAUCCUCCCGAAAGCCCUGA